AGAUGUUAGUAUUGAUGACAGAGAGUAUGAAAUGAACGUAAGCAAGCAGUUUUUGCGCUAUGCAAGUAAAUGCUUCUCAGAACGUAUUAACCAUUUUGUCGUGACAACGCCCAUUUACUAUGUCAACUCUGCGCCACAUAUAGGGCAUGCUUAUACGUCGCUUCUAGCCGACAUCAUCACACGAUGGCAGAAAGUUAAAGAUUUAGAAGCCGUUAAUGUUUUCACUGCAACAGGAACCGAUGAGCACGGAAAUAAAAUCCUUCAAGCAGCAGCUAGAACUGAUCAUUCAGAUGUUAGAAUGUUUUGCGAUGAGCAAUCAGAGCUGUUUCUUUCUCUUCUAAACGAUCUCAACAUCAAUUAUGGUGCUUUCGUUCGAACUACCAGCGAAAGUCACAGACAGAAGGUAGAGAUGUUUUGGAAUAUUUUAAUGAAGAGGGGAGCAAUUGAGAAAGGGACAUACAAAGGUUGGUACUCUGUAAACGACGAAGAGUUUCUGGCUGAGAGAGAAACUGAAUUGAUCACGCGUAACGAUGGUGCACUAAUUCGUACAUCUAAAAGCAGUGGCCACGACGUGACGGAGAUUGAAGAAGUAAAUUACAUGUUCGAUUUGCACCCAUUCAAAGAUCAAAUUUUGGACCAUCUGAAUAAGGGAUGGGUACGACCAACUCAUUUCUCUGAAAUUGUAAGAGCAUGGAUUUCGGAUGAAUCAAUUAUGGAGCGAAAAUUGUCCGUGUCCCGACCAAGUUCUCGCUGUGAUUGGGGAAUUCAAGUCCCCGAUGAUCCAUCUCAGACUAUCUAUGUAUGGCUCGAUGCACUCGUCAGUUAUUUAACUGCCACUGACAAUAGGUUUGUAAACGGUUUUUGGCCUGCUGAUUUACAAAUAGUCGGCAAAGAUAUACUGAAAUUUCAUGCUGUUUAUUGGCCUUCAUUUCUAUUAGCGGCAGAGUACACGCUACCGAAACGAAUCCUCUGUCACUCUCAUUGGCUAAGCGAAGGUCAAAAGAUGUCGAAAUCAAAAGGAAAUGUAGUAGAUCCCUUCAAAUACCUUGGUAGCAACAAUUCGGAUUGCCUUCGUCUCUACCUAGUGGCUCAGAGUCAUCUUUCAAGGGACGGAAAUUUCAGUCAUCAAAAUUUUAUUGAGUUGAUUGAUUACUUUGCAAAUAGUUUCGGCAAUGCUGCCGGUAGAGUUAUGAACAAAAGAUGUCUUGAAGUUAUUGACUACAUGUACCCAUACCCAAGUGAUAUAAAUUUCGAGAAAGCCUUGUCUGUAUCAGGAAAACUGGUCGAAGAGUUAGAAUGUGUCAUCGAAAAAACUUAUAGAAACUACGAGGAGUAUGUUUUCAAUCCAGCCUGGGAAGACAUUUCAAAAGUUCUGCAUUUGCUGAACAAAUUUCUGCAAGACUCUAAAUUUUGGAAAAGUUUUGAUGACAUAAACUUUGUUAGCUCUGUUGUUUAUUUGACAUUUGAGUGUUUGCGUUGCUGUUCAAUUUUACUGUCGCCCAUUACGCCUCUUACCUCAUUUGAACUCUUGGAUCGCCUUUCAGUUCGACCCAAUGAGAUGGUGUAUCCAAAUUGUAAAAUGUACAUAUCUAAGAAUGAAGAUCCCCCUUGGUCUGGACGGACACUGAGGCCAGACAUAGUUCCUCUCGUUCGAAAAUUUUCAUUUGAAUAAAAGUAAUCAAAGCUG